CUGCUGCUGUUGCUGCUGCUGCUGCUGCUACUGCUGCUGCUGCUGCUGCUGCUGCUGUGUGCUCUGCCAACGGCACGGCGCCGGCAGUUCAAUUAAAGGAGCUGUCAGCGGUAUUCUAAGUCGUUCAAAGUGGAGGGGAUGACGGACCAUCUACGCGCGGCUGUGUCGCGCAACAAAAAACGAUUCAUAUAUGAUGGCUUUAACCUUGACUUGUCGUACAUCGAGCCAAAUAUCGUUGCAAUGGGAUAUCCUGCCAAUAAUUUCGAAGGUAUCUACCGCAAUCAAAUGGAGCAGGUAGCCAAAUUUCUCGAUCAAUUUCACAAGGAUCACUACAAAAUAUAUAAUCUCUGCAAAGAGAGGAAAAGAUGUCACUAUCCGACGGACAAAUUCAGCGGAGACGUGUGUAAUGCUUACUCUUUUGGGGAUCACGAACCACCGCCAAUCGACAAAAUUGAGCCUUUCUGUCAAGACGUACAUGAGUGGCUCUCUAGCCAUGAGAAAAAUAUGGUCGCCAUCCAUUGUAAAGCUGGAAAAGGGCGUACAGGAGUGAUGAUAUGUUGCUAUCUUUUGCACUGCGGAAGAUUUGCAACUGCCGAAGAGGCGUUAAAUCACUAUGCAGAAGAGCGAACUUCUGAUGGAAAGGGCGUGACGAUACCUUCACAACGACGCUACGUCGAAUACUACGCUCGAAUAAAGGCGUGCUCUCUCAAAUGCAAGACCACUCGUUUAAGGUUACGAGCUGUCACCGUGGAAAAUCUCCAAAUAAACUCGAAAGGCUCGUCGAUGGUCUUCUGUGUCUCUUGUGGAAAUCGAAAAAAGUCGGUGAUUAUGGGUGAAACCCGGAACAGAGGUGCGCGCUGGCAUUUUGAGAUUCCUGAACCUAUUGAGGUUUAUGGUGAUGUUAAAAUCGAGUUCUGCCUAAACAAAAUUCUUCCUGUCGUUAAGGAAAAGAUGUUCAGCAUGUGCUUUAAUACGUUCUUUAUCAAGAACUAUGAUGGCGCUGACUCCAGAGGAACUAUGGGAUCCCCAGCGCCACCGCCAGGCCCCGGCGUUGACCAAGGAGGUUCCGCAGAUUCAGCAUCAGGCGGUCCUGCAUCGGGCUCACAAACCGCGUCGAUGUCGUUUUCAGAUGGGCCAGUGUCUGCUCCGUUGGAAGAAUCAUGUGUCUCGCAUGAAAAUGGGCAGCAACAACGGCCGUAUUCGGAACCUGCAGGCGAAGAGCAGACGGGCGGCGGUGGUUCUUGGUUAGAGGGCCACACGGGAUCUGUCGUCAGCCUUGAGGGUCGUUACUUGGUAUUAUCACUCAAUAAAUAUCAGCUCGACAAAGCGUGCAAGAACAGGGAUUUUCCUGAGACGGCUGUGAUACGUCUUACGUUCGACGCAAAUAUACGUGAGCCUUUGGAAAGUGGCAAUGGAAAUGGGGCCGAAAGCGUCACCGGAAGUGCGAGCGGCAGUGAAGAGCACAGAAGUGAAGAAGGUUCACCGGAUGAAGACGAGAGCUCAGAUGAAGAGGACGCUAGCUGCGUACGAAUGUGAGACCCAGAUAACAAGCAUAGACCAAUAGGAAAACAAAUUCAAAGAAUUAAUUAUAAUGAAAGGAUGAUGAUGGCGGUGAUGCUAAUGGUGUUGAUCGUAACCAGCCUUUGUAAAAAACAUUCUGAUCGAACGUCUCCUUUACGGAACUUACCACCACAAAUUGCAAUUGGUGGAUAAGGCCAGCUUUAUUAGGUUCACUUAUCAUCCCUUCCCCUUCUGUCCCAAGUUUGAUGGCCUACUUACUUCUGCCGAAACUAUGUAUUGGCUUAUAGGAAGGUCAGCUUGAAACACUGACGACCAAACUAAAGAGAUGUCUAAUAUAAAUCUAUUCAAUAUUAUAGUAACAAUAAUCGAUAAUGAAGGACGACGUCUCGAGAAGAAUAGGAUUUCUGAUGGUUUAGAUAUGCUAUGUGUAUAUAGACUUCGAUACAACUAGGCCGUUGAUGUUGAUCUCUGGGUAAAUACGAAUAUAAUAAUUGUAGUUAUUAUUCCAAGAAUGAUAUUAUUAUCAUUAUCACUAAUCGAUCACACCUAUAUUGAUAAAACGGGAUGAACACUCUAUUUGACAAACUUUAUUAAACUUAUGAAAAUAUUUAGUGGUGGUGAUGAAAACGAUCAAGUUGGAAUGGACGGCACAUCCAUGGUCAUCAUCACUGACACACUCAAUUCAUUCAUUCAUUCGUUGCAAUCUUUAAUUGUCAUAUAUUUAGGAAUAUAAUUAAAGGGAUAAUCGAACCGUGCGAGUCACCGAGGUCGGAUCGAUUGUCAAUGAAGGUGUGUGAACGUAUCUUUACGGUUUUAUGCUCUUAAGAAGCGCGCGAGACGGCAGCGGUGACAAACAGAUCGUCACUGAGAUAUCACUACGCGCGUACUAAGUGAGAUGAAAAAAAAUAUUGAAUGCGUGAAUGAAAGUGAACGGAAAACAAUAGCGCUUUUUUUCUGCUUUCACCCGAAUGGAAAAAAAAAAAACUAUGAAAACGAGUAUUGGCGAUGAUUUGAUGGUAUCAAACCGAGCAGAAUAGGCGAAGCUUUUUAAGGAAAGGACAAGGCGAAAAUAUUGAAUAAAAAGGGCAGCAAACAUGAUUCGAGUGAACCGCUAUUGCUCUACACGUACUAUUGUCGCAGGGAUCGGCACCGUUCUACUGCGGAUCGAAUAGACCGGACCAUCAAGUCGAUUAUAAAUAGGGAAUCAACGGUCAUCAAACAGAUGACGAAUGUCUCUGCCGGAGUACGCGCAACAAACAUAAAGAGCCAGAGAGAUAGGGUACCAAUGUAAGAAUGUAUCUAUGCGCACAUGGAACUCUACUGUAAUUAACUGUAAUAACUGUAUAUUAGUUAGCAAAUAGUGUUGUUGCAAAAGCGUUGCGAAAGGGCGCCUCCUAACGGAAGCGCGUCGUGUAGCAAUCACGAUCAUAUUAUAUGGAAAUGCUAUGUUGUGGUUGAGUCUUUUGUUGUGGCUGGAGGCGAAAACUGCUUUCACGAAGUUCAAAUAGAGACAAUGUCCCGCCUUCUUUAGCUGUUAGUCUACUGGCGGCUAUUGAUCGGGAAGUUUCAUGGAAACGUUGUUGUGUUAAUUAAAAAGGAAAGCAGAAACUAAACGAACGAGCGAAUGAAGAACGCGUCGCGUGUAGAGCGACGGGAGUGGCAGGGAGAAAAAACAGGUUGAGUUCGUGGCAGGGUCGGCAGCUCAACGUGAUGGGGAAACGGUUGGGCAAUGAAACCCAAAAGCGGCUGUGAUCCAGCGAAUAACAA